AUGGGUUGAAGUUUGGAGGGAAAAGCUUACAAAUUUGAAAAUGGGAGCAAACAAAAAUCCCCUUUUGAGAUUUCCUAUACAACUUCAAUCCUAUCCUUUACCUACCCUUAUUUCAAACAACGAAUUUCAAAAUCGGACCAAAGCAAUAAGAAAAGGGAGCGCAAGAUACUCUUCUUUCUGAACAUUUUUCGCGUCUGUUAAGCCCUAAUUUUCCUCUUCGAUCUGGAUUUCUGUCUGUCUCCCUUUUGCUGCUUAAUCCUCUACCUACCGCUACUCCGUCUGUGAUUCUUAAGAGUUCGAACGGAGAGAUCGAGAAUGUCGCAGAGUGAUGGGCUAGAUUUCCAUCUGUCGGAUGAGCUUCUGGCGGUGAUUCCAACGGAUCCAUACGAUCAGCUCGAUCUUGCUCGUAAAAUCACCUCCAUGGCGAUAGCAUCUCGUGUUUCGAAUCUCGAAGCUGAAGUGGUUAGGAUGAAGCAGGAGCUUCAAGAGAAGGAAAGGGCCAUCUUCGACCUGCAGGGGAAGUUGUCUCACCUCGAGCACGCGAACCAGGAAGCUGAGUCUAGGUUGCAGAUUGCGCUUGAUGAUAAUACGAGGCUUUCCAAGGAACGGGAUUCACUAUCAACGACUUCCAAGAAACUUGGACGUGAUUUGGCAAAGCUGGAGACAUUUAAGAGACAACUUAUGCUAUCAUUGAGUGAUGAAUCCUCUCAAACUGAAACUGUUGAUAUUGGGACAUGUGAUCAAGCAGUUCCUAAAGCAUCAUAUACUGUCAAGGAUGAAGUAACAGAUGGGCCCGCCUCACAUUCUUUCAGUGGUUCUAAUGAUGCGAAAAACACAAUAGAUGGAGGAAAACAUAUUGGACAAAGAUAUUCAUCGCCAUAUAUCACCCCAAGGCUCACUCCCGCUGCAACUCCAAAGAUUAUUUCAACAAGUGUAUCCCCCAGAAGGUAUUCCACCGUUGCUACCCCACAGAUAACGUCUGGUUCAACUUCUCCAACAAAACCCUCAUAUGAUGGACGGAUUGCACUAUCUCCAUGGUAUCCGUCAAGCCAGCAGUCUUCAGCUGCAAGUUCUCCUCCUCGUUCUCGUCAACUGGCUGGUCGCCCUGCUCGAGUUGAUGGCAAAGAAUUUUUCCGCCAAGCCAGGAGUCGUCUGUCGUACGAGCAGUUUAGUGCCUUUCUUUCUAACAUAAAGGAACUCAAUGCUCAAAAGCAGACCAGAGAGGAAACUUUAAGAAAAGCAGAAGAUAUAUUUGGGACGGAUAACAAAGAUCUUUUUGUGUCAUUUCAAGGAUUGCUUAACCGCAAUGUUCACUAGGAGGCCCUCUCUGUUCUUGAGAUUAUUUACACCAAAUAGGAUCUUUCCUUUUAGAGUAUUAGAGAGAAAAUCCAUGAAGUUUGUUCUGAACGGCUGCCUUCCUCCCUCUGAAGGCCUAUGUAUGCUGCAUGCAGAUUCACUAUGUUUUUGUAUAAUAUAAAACAUCGAACCCUCUUGUAGUUGAAACUUCAUUUUCCUGUAGAAAUAAUAGAGUUUGGUUUUUUUAGCGAA